AAACUGUGGCACGACAGCAACAGCCGUAAGUUUGAGAGAGGAGGAGGAGAAGAAGCAGCAGCCUUGGGCGGACGGACGGACGGACGACAUUAAAAUACGGAACCAUCAUGUUACAUGACGGUCGUCACUGUCCACUGUCGUUUCGCUUGACACGUAUGACUACCUCCAUUUUCGUAUCUGUUUCGUUGACUUUUCACUGGUUCUAACCAGAUCGUCAACCCGAGGAACAGAAGACAGAGAGAGAUAAAAAGCCAAGAAGAAGAAGAAGAAGUUCAAGAAGAAGCCAAUAAGAAGAAGAAGAGUUCGUUCGGUAGCCCUAACGACGAACAACUUCAAGUUAAGCACGAAAACGAGAAGCAGAGGAUAGUCGUGGUUUCGAUCAAUGGCCGAGAACGAUCGGUCAUCGUCAUUAUCAAGAGCUGGACCGGCUUCUCUCCGCCCGGCCAUCGUUUUACAGCCUCGGACCACCACAGAGAGCCCUUAUUCGGGCGGGUCGGGUGCCAGCCCCGGCCCGAUGACUCUGGUUUCCAACUUCUUUUCCGAGGCCGGCGAAUUCCGCUCCUUCUCGCAGCUCCUAGCCGGCGCUAUGGAGUCUCCCUCGCCGCCGGCCCGGGCUUAUGAGGAUUCUUCUUCCGGAGAUAAGGCCUCCGGUGGAGGCGAUUUCCGGUUCAAGGUGAAUACGCCCUCCGGGUUGACUAUUGCUCAGUCGCCGCUGUUCUCGGUGCCUCCCGGUUUGAGUCCUUCCGGCUUGCUCGAUUCGCCGUGUUGGAUCUCGCCCCGCCAGGGCUCCUUUGGAAUGUCACACCAACAGGCUCUUGCGCAGGUCACUGCUCAGGCUGCAGAAGCUCAUUCCCAGACGCACAACUAUGCUGAAUUUUCGAGUUCCUUGUCAGUUCCUGCAGUGUCAUUGCCACAACCUCCCUUUCCUUCCAAUGUGACAAUACAACAGCAAAUGCCUCCCCCAAUGCCAAAGCCUAGCAUCAAGAAGGAAGCAUCUGAUCUCUCUCAUUCUGAUUAUAGACCACAGCCUUCUUCAUUUGCUGCUGAGAAGCCUCAUGAUGAUGGUUACAACUGGAGGAAAUAUGGGCAGAAGCAAGUAAAAGGCAGUGAAUAUCCUCGAAGUUAUUACAAAUGUACACAUCCAAAAUGUCCUGUCAAGAAGAAGGUUGAGCGUUCUCUUGAUGGUCAUAUAACUGAGAUUAUAUAAGGACAGCAUAACCAUCAGCCUCCUCAACCUAGUAGGCGUGCAAAAGAUUCUGGAAAUCCAAAUAGAAACUUAUAUCAUCAGGGAAACGCUGAGUUGUCUUCAGAAGGUCAGACUGGGAAUCUGAGAGAACGGGCACCUCAGGAAUUAAGCCAAGCAACGCCUGAACAUCUGUCAGAAUCAAGUGAUGGUGAGGGAUUGGGCGACGCUGAAACUAGAGUUGAUGAAAAGGAUGGAGAUGAACCUGAAUCAAAGAGAAGUAGGAACACAGAGGUCAGUGUUUCACAGCCAGCUUCACAUAAUGCAGUUACAGAACCGAGAAUCAUUGUACAGACAACCAGCGAAGUUGAUCUUUUGGAUGAUGGUUAUAGGUGGCGGAAGUACGGCCAGAAAGUUGUUAAAGGAAACCCUUAUCCAAGGAGCUAUUAUAAGUGUACAAGCCCGGGGUGUAAUGUCCGCAAGCAUGUUGAGAGAGCUGCUAGUGACCGUAAAGCUGUCAUAACAACGUACGAGGGGAAACAUAAUCACGAUGUACCUGCAGCUAGAAUCAGCAGCCACAACAUUGCAAACAACAUUGUGUCACGACCAAUGCCGCACAACACUGCCAGCAAUACCGUGAGACAAGCAGAAUUCGGGAAUGAUAACUCCCAAUCUCUAACAAUUCUUCAGUUUAAAGACGAAUUAACGUAGUUUCAUGAGAGUUGCAAACUGGAAAGAAUCAGAGACAACAGGGGAGAAUGCAGAAGCUUGGCAUGCUAUUUCUUUUGGAUGUGUAUGUUCUCUCUUUCCAGGCUUAUCUUCCCAUGUUACAAAACAUGGAGGUUUAAGAUUGAUUGUAACACAGAUUUUUGUAUGUAAAGUAAUUUGAUUAGGUAAAUUGUAAUUAUAAUAGAGCAUCAAACCUAGCAAUAACGAUAAAGAAGUUUAUUUGUGAUUAGAAAGUUAUGGGUUUAAAGAAUAAUUUAUUUAUAAAAUGAGGUUAAGACUAUGUAUAAGACGAUUUACAUAAAAUGAAAAAUUCUGGGUAA